AGCGCACGUGUUGAGGUGCUUCGGUGCAGCAGAUGAGUCAUCAGCGGCUGUCUCAUUCGCUGGCUGGGCGGCAACUGGCUGCGUGGUAGCGGGCGCUUCUUUCUCUUCGGUACUUUCCUUCUCCACGGGCAGUUCUGCGGUGUCAUUCUCUUUAACAUGUAGAGGGGCCUUACUGGCACAGCUGGUAUCCGAGGAAGAGGGAACGUCUCCCGUUGCAUCGAGAACCUCAGUAACAUCCAUUAUGUGUUCCUGCAAGCUUUCUUCUGGAGGCCUUGUCCUGUGCCGUAACUUGUCGGCGUAGGUCACAACACAUUCUUCAUCUGUGUGACCAAAGCGUCGGCAGGCUUCACAACGUGGGGUUCUGCAGUUUCGACGAAUGUGUCCAACCUUGUUACAGCGGAGACAAAGCGGGGGCCGGCCUGGAAUCAAUACAAGGCUCUGCACUCCACAAACGUGUAGCAGAUGUGGAACGUCUCCCACGCCGACUCCAUCGGCAAGAGUCAACACCACGUCACGAUUGAGGGUGAUCGAAGACUACGGCAUGACGUUGGAUGAGAACCUGGAGCCCAGCGUGCGGCUGAGCGCCAUCUCGGGCGGGCUGUGCGGCGCCCUGGGCGCGUUCCUGGGCAGCCCCCUCCAGCUGGUCAAGUGCCAGCUUCAGGCGCGCGCAUCGCCCCAGAUCGCCGUCGGCUAUCAGCACCACUACCCGUCGAGCUUCGAGGCGUUCCGCACCAUCUACCGCACGCACGGCCUGAGGAGGGGCCUAUGGCGCUCUGCGCAGGCCAACGUCCUCCGGCUUUCCAUCGGCUCCGCGAUCCAGAUGGGCGCCUACGUGCAGGCUAAGCGGCAGCUGUUGCACUUGGACGCCAGCGGGUUGCACCCCUUCAUCACGUCCAUGGCUGCGGCGGUCUACUCGAGCAUCGCGGCUGCGCCGGCCGUCGCCGUGCUGGACAUUAUCAAGACGCGCAUGUACCUGCAGCCGGUGGACAGGCACGGCCGCGGCAUCUACUACGCUGGCGUGCUGGACUGCAUUCGCAAGAUAUACAUGAUGGAGGGCGCCGCGGGUUACAGCCGCGGCAUGCUCAUCGCUUUCUUCUACUCCAUAGUCAACUCGUCCAUCACGCUGCUCUCGUGGGGCGAGCUCAAGCGGCUGCGCAUUGAGUCUCGCGAACAUCGCGAGUACGUUGUCGAGAUCAUCUACGAGAGGGGCCAAUGAAUGGCGCCAUAUUUCGACGGCGAGCCUGCUUGUUAGUAUGCGGCCGUCAUCUGUGCGCCUUGAAUUGUUAGAAAUAAAGAACGAUUCACACACAUU